CAUCCAGAGAAUGCUCUUGGAGUCUCUAUGGCGAUUCCAGAAGCAGGAGACGUGCCCACACCGAUGCAAAUCGCGAGCAGAACAUCGACCCUAAAUUUGGUCUCGAUGCCGCAUCAGAGCUGAAACCGUCAAGCAUCUCCACGAAAGACUUGGACGGCGGAAGCUGCAGCCGAUAUAGCCGCGUACCAGACAGGUCAAAUGCCGAAUGUCGCUUAUUCAGUGAGCCGGUGCGGGGCAGCAUCGGCAAAUCGCGAGAGAGAGAGAGGAAUUGGCGGAGGUUUAUAAUAUCCAAUAGCUCCCCCUUUAAGUGCUGGAAGCUUCAAUUGAAAGAGGUUGAGUCGAUUGCCUAGUUUGAGUACGACGAUAAUCACGUUGAAAUGAGCGAAAUCCCUUCCAGGCAGACCGCCUGUUGGAUUGUGAAUCCAGGCAAAGACUGGAAGCUAGAUAUCCGGCAUGACGUGGAGGUGAAGAGGCCAGGCCCAGGUGAAGUCCUUGUGAGAAUGGAGUGUACAGGCCUUUGUCACUCGGAUUGUCGCAAUGUACUUGGCAUGGGCGAAUACACGGAAAUACCCGGUCAUGAAGGCGUCGGCAAAGUCGUCACCGUCGGGCUCAACGUCAACGAAGAUCUUAUCGGGAAGAGAGUGGGUAUCAAAUGGCUGUGGACUGCCUGCAGGAAUUGCUCUAGCUGCAGUCAAGGCCGAGCGAACAAUUGUUCGAAGCAAGGAAAUACUGGCCGGACGUGCUGGGGCACUUUGCAGCAAUAUGCCGUUGCAGAUGCGGCCUUUGUAACGCAUAUUCCUGACGGCAUUGCCUCUGAAGUGGCGGCACCGCUUCUAUGUGCUGGGCUGAGUCUGGCUGGCGCGGUUUCUCUGGUUGCACCAGAAGUACAGCCUGGUCAGUGGGUUGCUAUCAUUGGAGCUGGUGGGGGACUUGGACAUAUCGGCGUGCAGAUCGCGGCGAGAGCCAAGGGUUACAAGGUCAUAGCCGUUGAUGGAGGCGACGACAAGAAAGAGCUGUGUCUGAGACUUGGAGCUAGCGAGUUUGUCGACUACAAGAAAGACAAUGUCGUCGAGAAGGUCAAGUCCAUGACUGAUGGAGAGGGAGCACAUGCUGUUAUCAUCGUCGCAGGCUCGGAGAGGGCAUAUGAACAAGCUCCAGAUCUGGUUCGAAAUUGCGGUGUUCUCGUGUGUGUUGGGCUGCCGCGAGGAGACUAUCACUUACCACUCUCGCCCAUACAGAUUGCCAAUAGAGGUCUGGUUAUUAAGGGAUCGUCGACAGGGACUGAGGCGCAGAUGAGCGAACUGUUGCAGUGGAAUAUGGAUGGGCUUGUGGAGCCUAGAAUCGAAGUACAUGAAUUCGGAGAAGCCCCAGCCAUCAUCGAUAAACUCACAAAGGACGAAGUAACAGGGCGAAUGGUUGUAACGAUUCCUUGA